AAAAUAAAAUAAAAUAAAAUAAAAUAAAAUAAAAUAAAAUAAAAUAAAAUGCAUCUUAUCUUUUGUCAUUUACAUUUUGGAAUCACUGAAAGUGUGUUGACCAGAGACAUAAAUGUGGACUGAGAGGGCUAGAUGACGUAUGAGUCACAUAUCAACAGCCAAUCAGCGACCGAGUUUUUUAGACACUACGCUGUUUUCGGGAAGGGGGACGGCACUUGUCAGGAAGCGUUAGCAGGAACAGAUGAGGGCUAAUUCUUCGCUUAGACUUGCCAACAUCGAGAAAAAAGCGGGGCUAACCUUCGCUUUUUUGUUCGGAUAAUUUCCUCCGGGAUUUUUUUCUCCCCUACAUCGAGGAAAAUACGACAACUAAGCAACUCAAAGGACGUCGAGAAAGGGAACCAACUCGGUGAAUACGUCUCAUGUUCUGAACGAAACGGAAGUUGCCAGCUGUCUGGCGAAGCUUGCUAGGAGCUUAAUGUCAACCACAGGCGUGAUGGAGUUGAGCAGGCAACUCUGUUUAAAGAUGAGGAAAAGUAAGAAGGUCCAGAUCCCAACCCUUCCUGCCUCAAGUUCAGGCUUGGAGAUUCACUUUUACAUGCAAAAUAUGAACCAACUGGAGUUCUUCAAAGGAUGCUACACCGCUGAGGAGUUAUGUGUGGAAGCUGCCAAGAGUUGUUCAAUCACUCCUUUGUGCCACAAUCUGUUUGCCCUGUACAAUGAAACGACUGGUGUUUGGUACCCUCCCAGCUACGAGUUCAAGAUCACAGAUGAAACCAAUCUCAAAUUACACUAUCGUAUGAGAUUUUAUUUCAGGAACUGGCACGGCACCGCUGAAGGAGAGUCGCCAGUCUGGAGACACUGCAUCAGUAAACUCAGAGGGCAGGGCAAUCAGAAGACUCCUGAGGGAACGCCUCUUUUUGAUGGGGGUUCUCUGGAUUACCUGUUUGCUCAGGCUCAGCAUGACUUUCAGACGGGAAUGGUUCCACUGAGAACCGUGCAGUCAGAGACCGAGCAGCACGAAAUAGAAAACGAGUGCUUAGGGAUGGCUGUGCUCGCCAUCACUCAUCACGCCCUGGCCACAAGUACCAGUCUGUCCGCCGUAUCUCGUGAUAUCAGUUACAAACAUUUCAUCCCAGAAUCACUGAACCGCAACAUUAAACAGCGCAACAUUUUGACUCGCGUCCGCAUCAACAACGUGUUCAAGAAAUUCCUUGGGGAUUUCAAUAAUGGAACAGUCCUGGAGAGCAACAUUACGACCUAUGACCUGAAGAUCAAGUACCUGGCUACACUGGAGGGCUUGACCAGUGGCCUUGGCAGUGAGCUAAUCGAGCCCAUCUCGCUCAGUGUAGUGCAGGAGGAAGAGGUCUGCAACGGUUACUAUGGGUACUAUAAUCAGAGUCAGGGGCAGACUCAGAGUCAGAACAUGCAGACAAGCUGUGACAUGCAGGUUCUUGUUACCGGCAUUACUGGCAUUUCCUGGAGGAAGAAACCGUUUAUUGAUUCGGUUGUGUCCAGAGAGAAAAAAAAGACUAAGAAGAACAAGCAGGACGUCAAACAGAAGAACGACAAGAAGACAGAAGCAAGCGAAGGCUGGGUGAUAUUCUGUGACUUCUACGAGAUCACACAUACGGUCAUCAAAGAUUGCACAGUCACCAUCAAAAGCCAGGACAACAAGAAGAUGGUGGUGGAAUUGGCUUCCAAGCCCGAGGCGCUGUCGUUUGCGGCCCUUGUGGAUGGGUACUUCAGGCUCACCGUAGAUGCCCAUCACUACCUUUGCAAGGAAGUUGCUCCAGCAUCUGUGGUGAACAACAUUAAAGAUGGCUGCCACGGUCCUAUCUGUACGGAGUACGCCAUUCAAAAGCUGCGUCAGGAAGGCAAUCAAGACGGGUCCUACGUGCUCCGCUGGAGUUGCACCAACUUUGAGUUCAUUAUCAUCACCGUCGUCUGUCAUGAGAUGGAUUUGAAGGAGUCUCGCCCUGUCCGCCAAUACAAGAACUUCCAGAUUGAGGUGGUCCCCAACGGCUUCCGCCUGCAUGGUACUGAUGCAUUUCAGCCAACCCUGAAGGAGCUGCUGGAGCAUCUGGAAGGCCAGACUCUUCGCACCGACAACCUCCAGUUCCAGCUGCUUCGCUGCUGCCCUCCACAGCCAAGAGAGGUUUCCAACCUCCUGGUGGUGACUAAAGAGAGAGCCAUCACGAAUCAGACACCAACUCAGGAGAGCCAGCUCAGCUUCAUUCGCAUUCUCAGGGAGGAUAUCGAACAGGAAGAGCAUCUUGGAACCGGCACAAAAACAAACAUCUACUCAGGCACCCUGAAGGUGAAGAGUGAGGAGGACGAAGAUGCCGGUUACACAUCCUUCCAGGAGGUCAAGGUGGUUCUGAAGGUGCUGGGCUCUGGACAUAGGGAUAUCUCAUUGGCUUUCUUUGAAACCGCCAGCAUGAUGAGACAAGUCUCUCACAAACACAUUGUGCUGCUUUAUGGAGUGUGCGUCCACCACCAGGAAAAUAUCAUGGUGGAGGAGUUUGUCCAACUCGGACCGCUGGAUAUAUUUAUGAAAAGACAGCAGAGUCUCAGUACUCCAUGGAAGUUCCAGGUGGCUAAACAGUUAGCCUCAGCUCUGAGCUACCUGGAGGAUAAAAAGCUCGUCCACGGCUUUGUGUGCGCCAAGAACAUUUUGCUGGCCAGAGAUGGACUGGAUACAGAUGAAGGAGGACCCUUCAUCAAGCUCAGUGACCCGGGAAUACCCAUUACAGUCCUCACCAGGGAGGAAUGUGUCCAUCGCAUCCCGUGGAUCGCUCCCGAAUGCGUGAAGAGCGCGUCGUCCCUAAGCGUGGCAGCAGACAAAUGGGGCUUCGGUACAACCCUGUGGGAGAUCUGCUACGACGGAGAAGUUCCCCUCAAACAGAAGAAACUUGCAGAGAAGGAGAGAUUUUACGAAACCGAGUGUCAGCUGGUCACUCCGGACUGCAUUGAGCUGGCCAAGCUCAUGACCGACUGCAUGAACUACGACCCCAAGAAGAGACCUUUCUUCAGAGCCAUCGUCAGAGAGCUGGACGAUCUUCUGCCAAAUCUACUUAUUACAAAACCUGUCGACCCGGGGGUGGACCCCACCAGGUUUGACAAGAGAUUCCUGAAGAAAAUCAGAGAUCUGGGAGAGGGACACUUUGGGAAGGUGGAGCUGUGCCGCUACGACCCGCGGGGAGACCGGACAGGAGAGUUUGUGGCGGUGAAGUCGCUGAAGCCCGAGAACAGGGAGGAGCAGAGCAGCGGCCUGUCCAAAGAAAUCGACAUCCUGAAGGCUCUGUACCACGAAAACAUCGUCAAAUACAAGGGCAUCUGCGAAGAAGAAGGGGGUCAGGCCAUCAAGCUGAUCAUGGAGUAUCUCCCCAUGGGAAGUCUGAAGGAGUAUCUACCCCGACACAAAAGCAAGACCAGCCUCAGCACGCUGCUCAGCUACUGCAUCCAGAUAUGCAAGGGAAUGGAGUAUUUGGGUUCCCGGAAUUACAUCCACAGAGACCUGGCAGCCCGAAACGUGCUGGUGGAAAAUGAGAGGACGGUGAAGAUCGGAGACUUCGGCCUGACGAAGAGCAUCAAAGACAACGAGGGCUAUUACAAAGUGCAGGACGAGCACGACAGCCCCGUGUUCUGGUACGCUCUGGAAUGUCUGACCACCUGCAAGUUUUACCUGGCCUCCGACGUCUGGUCCUUCGGAGUGACGAUGUACGAAAUCAUCACUUACUGCGACUCCACCAAGAGUCCGAUGACGCGCUUCUUUGAUAUGAUUGGUCGAAGUCACGGUCAGAUGACCAUCCUCCGACUGGUCAAGGUGUUGCAGGAGGGGAAGAGACUGCCGCGUCCUGAAGGCUGCUCUGAGGCGGUGUACGAGCUGAUGAGGAAGUGCUGGGAGCAGGUGCCCGAGAGGAGGAUCACCUUCAAGUGUCUGAUCGAGGAGCUGUCCGCCUUACAGCAGCAGCUGCAGCCCAACAUGGAGCUGUAGAGCUUCCUGAUUCACUCACCAACCUCCCAGAUCUGCUUGUGCAGCUCCUCAUUCCUCACUCUGCUGUCCCUUACAACCAACGAAGAGCGGAAAAAAAAAACAAACAAAGGGCCCCAAUCAUAACUAUCACUUUAGUUUAUAUUCAAUGUGCUUUUAUUUUUUUGUUUUUGUUCGUAGUACUUCAGCUCAGACGGAGGAGCGCGUGGAACUCUCCAUCUUCUAUGUGACCUGGGACUUUACAGGUAGCUCAGCUGUCAAACUUCUUACAAAGCUCUUUAAACCCACAAACUGUGUGGGCGGCGUGGACGCUCACGCUCUGACAUCACGCCGAAAACGAGGACGAAUGGACACAGAGGAGCCCGUUCAAAAAAACAAAAAAAGCGCGCUGCUUUUUCAUAGACUCCUACAUCCGGAGAGUUGCCUAAUCUGCCUUAUUUUUGUUUUAUUUUGAAAAUAUAAUCCAAACGUGGCCAUAUAUUGAUGUGUAUGUUCAAUGAUGUGCAAAUGCAGCCAACUGAGAGGCGCCAGUAUCAGUCAGUCAGCAUUCCUUCCAUGUUUCAGGCAGACGCUCACCAGCACCGACCGUGCAAACCAAGCGUGGAGUUUUACACUCAGCAAGCAAAUGAGAGAUUUCUGUUCAGCUUUAGGAAGAAAAUGAAGAAAUACUUAUAGAAUACUUCCAUUGUUGGAUUUUUUAAGCUGCAUUUGCACAUUAUCAGUUUUGUCCUUUACUCUUUUGGUUUAUAAUCCCGAGUAUUUUACGUUUCAUUUAAAUGAUCUACAUACUGUGACGAGCAGAAUAGCUUCUUAACUUUACAUACAAACAUGCUUCCAUUAUUCCCUCCUCCUCUAUGAGACAGCCUUCAACUCAUGUUUAUUUACUGUAAUGCAACAGUUAUUGUUCACCUGACAUUUUUCUCAAAUGAAUGUAUUCAUAAUUCGUUGUGGCAUAAGGUUCUUGUGUUUUUAUUUUUUAAAUCUUCAUGCGGCUGUGAAUGUUGGCAAAACAUCAAGACUUUGUUCAGAAAGGUGCACUUCAUUCAAUGUUUUAUUCAGGAGUGCUCUAAAGAAGACAAAAGAUAUAUAGAUAUAUAUAUAUAUAUAAUUGAAAAAAAAAAAUAAAUACAAACCAAUGCAUGUUUGUCCAUCUAAUGCCGUGUUUUUUAGACCUAUGUUACAGCUGAAAGCAGGCAUGCGUAAAAGUGCUGAAGAAACACUUCAUUCACAGUAAAACAAGGAUGUGAUAGAAAAUUAACGUCAAUUUAGAGAAAACUUUUUGCCUCCUGAAAGAGCAAACAUACAAAAGGGUCAGAAACCGCCACAUGCCAGCAGACACCUAAAGCCAGCACCACAGCGGAACAGACAGUGCUNNNAAAAAAAAAAAAAAAAAAACGUGAAGCAACUGACCACAGGUUUUCUGUUAUGUAGAAAAGAACUCUUCAAGAACAAAAACAAGCUGUAUUAUCAUGUUAAUUUAAAAAUAUAUAUAUAAAAAAAAGUACAGCAUCUGGUGUUGUUGUUGCACACACAGCCAGCGUACAUUCAGUCAUUCGGGAAUCUAACCAAUGAAAAAUGCAACAGAAUUCCCUUUAGGAGAAACAAAAAGGCAAACAGCAAAAUCCAAAGAAAUAUGGUGGUCUGGACUGUGUCUUUGCCGCCCUCUGGUGGUCAUUCAGUGGACCUACAACAGUCCACACUUCAAAUGCAAACCGGUUUUUAAAGGUUUCAGAGAAAUACAUUUUCACAUUUUUUAUCAGCAGAGUGACUGAACCACAGACAAACAAUAAUCAAACUGUUCAAAGCAACAAGCUCUCACUUUGAAGGACCACACAUCUGCACCUCUUUCUAAAGCCGUUUAUUUCUGUUCUCAAAUAAUAAAAGAAUUGUUGCAAAGA